UUGGAGCUUUAUAAAUGGUCUGACUUUCAUUGAGUUUUACUCUUUUAAUUUCUCUCUCUAUGUUCUCUAACCACUAGAGCCAAAUCCUUUGCUCAAAUAUUCUAAUCAUCAUCAUUUGUUUGCCCCGUAUUAAACUAAAGAGAAAUUAGUUAGCGAUAUAUAUUAUAUAAUAGACGUACGAGACCCCUAGUUGUGAGGCAUACCUAGCUUUUACCUUUUUGUCAAGAUGGUUGAAGGAUUUGGCUUUCUCCAGAAAAUGAUGAGGGCCACUCCUUCAAAAGCUUUGGUGAUGAGAAUCAAUUUGGCUUUUCUUGGUUUGUUCAUCGUUAUCUAUGCCGGAGUUCUUCUUCUCCGACCAUCUUUGUCAGUCUACCAUGAGAACGCAGCCUCUCUUGUUAGGUGCUCUUUGCGCGAAUGCCAUCACAAGAUUGAAAAUGGGGUUAAGAUGAAGGCAAUCUUGGAGGAGUCCGAAUCCAAUAAUUUGCCAAGGCCUAAGAGAAAUGUGAGUAACAUAGAAUUACCAAGCUUCUUAUAUGAAAUGGGAAAGGGAAAGAAGAUUGGGAUAGUGCACAUGGAAGAAGUAGAUGUGAGCCAGUGGAUUAAUACACAGGGUAAAAACAUAGUCCCUAUAGAGUUUGAGGAGGUAUCAGAGCUUUUCAAAUGGGAAGAUUUGUUUCCUGAGUGGAUCGACGAAGAAGAAGAAAGCGAUGUGCCGACAUGCCCGGAGAUACCAAUGCCAGAUUUCCAAAAGUACGAGAACAUGGACAUAGUAGUGGCGAAAUUGCCAUGUAAAAAGGAGGAAGAUGAGGAAGGGUGGAGGAGAGACGUGUACAGGCUGCAAGUUCAUAUGGUGGUGGCAAAUUUGGCAGUGAAGAGAGGAAAGAGGAAUACAAAAGUGGCGUUGUGGAGCAAGUGCAGGCCAAUGCUGGAUCUGUUUAGGUGCAAUGACCUGGUAAGAAGAGAAGGUGAUUGGUGGUUGUAUGAGCCAGAUAUGGCGAAGUUGGAGCAAAAGGUUUCAUUGCCUGUUGGGUCUUGCAAGUUGGCUUUGCCUCUUUGGGGAGAAGGAAUAGAUGAAAUCUACGACCUCUCCAGAAUCCAACGCACAACAAAGAAAGUCAAACGAGAAGCCUACGCCACUGUGCUCCACUCCUCCGAAGCUUAUGUUUGCGGCGCCAUUACGCUGGCCCAAAGCCUCCGCCAAACAGGGACCAAGCGCGACCUUAUCCUUCUCCUGGAUAAGUCCAUCUCUGCUACCAAACGCGACGCCCUUGCAGCAGCCGGGUGGCAGCUCCGAUUCAUCAAGCGCAUCCGAAACCCGAGGGCCGAGAAGAACUCCUACAACGAGUACAACUACAGCAAGUUCCGACUCUGGCAACUCACCGACUACGACAAGGUCGUAUUCAUCGACGCCGACAUCGUUGUUCUCCGAAACCUCGACCUCCUCUUCCAUUUCCCUCAGAUGACCGCCACAGGCAACGACUUUUCGCUCUUCAACUCCGGCAUUAUGGUCAUCGAGCCCUCCAAGUGCACCUUCCGGAUUUUCAUGAACCACCGCAAAGACGUGGUUUCGUACAACGGCGGCGACCAGGGAUUCCUCAACGAGAUGUUCGUGUGGUGGCACCGCCUUCCAAGGAGAGUCAACUUCCUUAAGAAUUUCUGGUCAAACAGCUCUGUGGAAGCCAGCGUCAAGAACGAGCUUUUCGGGGCUGACCCGCCUAAAGUCUAUGCUAUACACUACUUGGGUUGGAAGCCUUGGCUUUGUUACCGAGAUUACGAUUGCAAUUGGGAUAUAGUGGAAAGUCAUGUCUAUGCGAGUGACGUGGCUCACCACAGGUGGUGGAAGGUGCAUGACGCCAUGAAUAAGAGCUUGCAGAGUUUUUGUGGGUUGAAGAAAAAGAGGAAGACUGACUUGGAUUGGGAAAGAAGGAAGGCUAGAAAGAUGGAGUUAGCAAACGGGCAUUGGAGGAUUAAUGUUACUGAUCCUAGACGGUCUCAUUUGGUGGAGUAAAAUUUGCAUUUUUUGGCUUCUGUUUCCCUUUCUUUUUUUUCUUUUUUCUUUUUUUUUUUUUAAUUAGAAUGAUACUUGGGAUUUUUCUUAUUUUCAGUGUCAUGAUUAUUUAUGUCCGAAUAUAUGUUACAAGAGAUGAGGUGGAGCUCUUGUUUGCCACAUCGAAUUAUGUAUUUGCACAAAGAUAAGGUGGUCCGAAAAGAGAUUUCCUUCUGUUUUUUUAAUUUCUUUUUUUUAUUUGACACAUUCAAAAAAUGAUUUCUCGAAGAAAAAUAAAAGUUCAACGUUCCAAUAGUUCUAGCUAGCUAGCUAGCUA